AUGAUGUUCAGGGGGAGGUCUCCUGGAGUUGUGUUGGCAAACCGGCGAAGAAUAUUCGGCUUGCUGAGCAGCCUUGAGGAGACGGAGAUUUCAAUGGUGCUGGCGGUGUUGUCGCUGCGGCUGCUGCGCCUGACUCCCCGUGUCAGUGACCCUGUUGCUGCUUCACGAGAAGAAGAUAUAAGGGCUUCAACUCCUCUAGAGGGUAUGGAUAAGGAGCGGGCACUUGUCUCCUUCAUUCGUUGGCAAUACCGCAGAGCAAAGAGCUUGGGAGACGCUGCCUCUUGGGCUGCAGCUGCUGGUACUGCUGCUACUACUGCUGCCGCUGCAGCAGCUGCUGCUGCUGUUGACUCCAAGUGCGACGAGGCGGCGGAGGAGCCCCCAGUCUAUGUGACCCUAUCAGAUCAGCUGCUGGGGCCAUCUUCAUCAACUCAGCUGCACGGGCUUCUCAAGUCGCUGCAGCAUCUGGUUCAGAUGCAGCAACACACAUUGAGGCCAGCAGCUCCUUUCCUGGUGUUUCUCUUUGGCGAGAUUCUCCAACAACUUGUCUCUGUGAAGCCUGAAGACAACUGCGUCACCACCGGGGUGCGGGAGAUUGUAAGAGAGGAAACAGAUAAGCCGGAUGCUGAAGAACAGCAAACAGAGAGGGAGAGAGCGUUGGAUGAAGCUGAUGACACCACUGAACUCAUACCAGGGGAGCGGAGAGGCGAGGUGGCUAGUGCUGCAAUCAAUGCAAGACACAGAAAACACUGCAUUCGAAUCGCGAUUGACGCGCUGCAUCGGCUCUUCAACGCCUUUCCGGACUUUGUUGGGGCGUGGAUAAUGCUGCUGGCUCCAGCAGCAAAUGCGCUGCAGCUGCUUCUUGCAACAGCGGUAGAGACGGGGGCAACGGGCUCUUCAGGGGAUAUCAAGGGGGGCAGCAAGUGCCCUGCAGUUGUGCGUUUCGUUGCUUCCUGGGCAUCAAACGCGGAUUACUUUGUGUUGUACGAACAACUGCUCCCCAAGGCCCUCCCGUGUCUCCUUGGGGCUAUAGGGUCUGACCCGCUGCUGCGGUUCCUGCAGCGCAGCAAGAGAAACACGACGCCUUUGCUGGAGGUGGCGAUAGAGACGGCUUUGCUGCUAUCGUUUGGAGGCCGCACGAAGGAGCAGCAGGAGGAAGAAUUGCGGCUGUCUCGGCGCGAAUUCAAUGCUAUGAAACAUGUAAAUGAGAGGAGACGCCGACGCACGGGCUAUCAAUCGUCUUCUUCUGAUGACAGCGACGAAGAGGAGCAGAACGAACAAGAAAAGGGGUUUAUAGAGAGCGACAAGACAGGGUCUCUGAAAACCUUUAAAGAGGCUUACGAGGCCUUGCAAAGACAACAACAGCUUCAACAAGAACGAGGGAUACAAGUAUUGCUUCCUCACUUAAGCAUUUUGCUGCACGGCAUGGAGUUGCUGCUAACUGCAAGAAGAGGCGCGACUGCCCGCAAGCAACAUGAAGAGCAGCCAGCAACCCAGCAACAACAAAAACAACUGCAACAACAGCAGCAGCAACAACCCCUCGCUGCCUCUGAAGGGGCCACUGCUCCGCCUCUGCAGGACCCAGCGCAACCCCAGCCCCUAACGCAGCGGAGAGAGAGACUACUCCUUGUGGGAUUCAAAGAGCUGCAGCUUCUCACCCGCCUUGCUGCUUAUGCAUGCGCGGACAAGGGCCUACAGCAAGCCUCGUCUGUGAGUAAAGUUUCUGCUUCUGAUGAACUUGCAAUUCCAACGACAGCAAAGCUGGUUCGCCUGCUGCUUCUUUCCUUGCCUCUACGCGUUCGAUCGGGGGGUGCAGCAGCGCGGCAGCAGCUGACACUUGCGGCUAUACAGGGGCUGUUACCGUCUGUUGCUAGCUGGAGGCGGUCUAUAGCGUCUACCUCUGACGCAGGAAGUGGUACGAUGCAGCUCCGUGGCCUGUUGCGGGGACUGUAUGAGGCAUGCUGCGGUUUACUUGAGUGUGCAGAAGACCUGCAGUGCCGCGCUGCUACAGCUGAAGUGCUGCUGGCAACAGAACUCGCUGCAUGCGGAUGCGAACUGCCUGAGGCUGUUCUCUCGACACAGAUCCGUGACUUUGCAAUGAAGGAGCUGAGUACUUACCGACGUGCUGAGGAAGAGGGCGAAGAUGCAUCACGAACAUCUGCUGUAUCCUGGUUAACUCCUGGGGGACAUCUCUGUAAUAGUCUCUUACAGAAUGCCCUGCCUUCUCUCCUAGAAGAGAGCAGCGGCAGCAGCGGCAGCAGCACAGCGGCUCCACCCAGCAGUAGGGCACUGACACGGGCAGCCACGUGGCGUGUCAGCGUCGCCCUCGUGAUGGUCUGUGCAAACCUCCUGAAGGGGGGGGCCUACGGUGCCCCGGAGGAUCAGAGGCCAGAUGUAGACAUGCAGAUGUUAGUAUUGCUGACGGUGGUGGAGAACUACCUAACUCCUCCUGCCCUGGCCGGAUAUACUGCUAAUGCAUCUGAGGAGCAGCAGGAGUUCUCAGCAGCAGGGGCGAAGAAGGAUGAAGACGCAGAUGCAAAAGAGAGGAUGCACGAGCAACAGAAAGAAGCAGCAGAUACACCGCAAGGGGUGCAAAAGAGUGCUGAAGCGGAACCGCUGCAGGCACAAGGAUCCCCGAUGCCUCCUGCGCCUCGCUUACACCUCCCUGCCUCCGCGUUCGAGCCCGUAGUGCAACACAUGCUGUACCUUCUCUCUGAGUGCUCCGACGACCUCACGCUGCAGCACGUGGCUCUGACAAUCGUCCGCAAGGCAGCUGUGGCUCUAGGUGCAGCGGCUUCUGCAGCAGCAACGCGGCGAACAGCAGCGCAGUUUGCUGCAUAUCAGCAGCCGCAACAGCAGCAGGAGCUGCAGCAGGACGAGGAACAGGAAGAGUCUGAUUGGGGCUUUGCUGUGGCAAUGCAGCGACUCAUCAUGAAAUCCAUCAUUCCGCACCUCCACCGUCUCAUGCGCAGCGUCAAGGAAGAUUCUCAGCGGAUGGCGUUGAGAGCGCUGGAUGCACUUGUGAGGACGCUGGGGCCAGCAGGCCCUCUACUCCCACCGCCUCGUGCUGCUGCGCGCUGGAUGCACUUGUGA